GUUGCGGAGUCGUAGGGUCUGUUCGUAUACGUGCAGACGACAGCGAUCCUUUGGCCGAUUUUUCGAGCCUGAGUCCUCGUCGCGUCGAUUCACAUCGAAGAAAUCACGAUAACCGCGAGCGCGACAGCAACGGUCGAGCUCGGCUUUCGUCGGGAGCGUACGGCAACCAACCGGCAAGACGAAGCUCAAAAUGCCACUGAGCCAGAGCUCGAAGAAAACAUUAUGUGUACUGCCUGAAGAGAUUAUUUACGAGAGAAAAGGUAAUCAUGCUGCCCUCACACCGCUGGAAGACAUGUCCGCGGGACGAGGGCAGGCAGGUGGAGGGCCUCCUCAGAACUGUGAGAAAGUUUUUAUACAGCGCGAUUACAGUGAAGGUACUAUGGUCAAGUUCCAAACACGGUUUCCUACAGAAUUGGAAAGUAGAUUAGACAGACAAUUGUUCGAGUAUACGAUCAAUCAGUUGAAUAACUACUUCGCUGAGGCAGAGCGCGCCAGUUGUUCUACAUACUGCGAGAGCUGCCUGUACUGUCUCACAGGUUAUCUGAUAAGCAUAUGUACCGAAACGCAUUAUGAAAAGUGUCUGCGCAAGGUCGCCAAGUUCGUCAGCGAGCAAAACGAUCGAGUGUACAAGCCACGUGGCCUCCUGCUAACAGAUCCAACAACACGCGGGCUCAGGCUAAUAGAGAUCUCGGUACUGGAUAGACCUGCGUCGUGACUGCAUAUUAGCCGAUCCAGGGAGUUCUUCAUGUGACCCCCCGUGCAGUAUUCUGGACAUUAUGUCGCCAGAAUCACAGACAUGCACGCGCUCGUGAAUGCCUGUCGGCACAAUUAUGGGGCAUACCGGUUAGUUUGAAUUCUUUUCACAAGGUGCUGAAAUUCUGCAAGGCUUGAAAGAAGAAAUUUUCCGUCAACGAUAUCUUGUAGGCCGCAAAUUGCUCAGGUGCACCUUGCAUGAUUAAUCUUGCCGAACACGCGUGUAAUGAGUCAAAGCUCUCUUGUCGUCGGGCCUCAUACUUGGUUCUGAAAAAUAAAUUUAGAUUGAUUUGGUGAUCAGAUCUGUAAUACAUGUGUAUAAAAAUCUGCGAGAAAUAGGAAUGUGGAAAUGUGUGUGGUUGAUUUGUAGAAAUUUCGCACUGUUAGAUCUAUCAAUAUAAUUGUAACAAAGCAAGAUUAUACCAGGUUGGUCUAAUUGUGGCAAGAGAGUCUCGUGUUCAUUCGCAUUCGUGAUGUCUCAAUCCUAAAUGGCAGCGUUCUCAAAGGAGAGCGUGUAUUCAAGCGUGUAGAUGGGUAACAAAGCCGUGGCUUCUAUAAAUUCAAUUUUCUAUGUGCGUACACAAAACAUAUAACAUACGAAAGUAUAUGAAGUAUAUGUGGCGAAAUAGGGUACGAUAGGAAAGUGGAACUUCGUCUUCAUAAAUGUUACUGAACGAUAUCAUGAACUUACCAUAAACCGCUACUUUGAUUUGUCAUAUAUAUAUAUAUAAUGGGGUCUACAUAUUUUUUUACUGUUCAUUUAUGAUUUUAUCGUAUCACCUGCAUUUAAUGAAUGAGAUGCGUGUCAGCGUGAAUUAGCAAAGAGAUGGCAUUCGAUGUUAGCGUUUAUAGUAUUUCGUUCAAGUUUCGUCGAACUGAGAACCUUGAUUACGGGCGAGUCUUGUUCUCUACGAAUGCUGACGAAUGAAUCUCCGAAUUCUCAUCUUCCGCAAUGUAUCUUCCAUUGCGUUUAUGUAUCCGCGCGUAUAAAGCAUAAAACUUUCUCAUAUACGUAUGUAUUGAAUGGGAUGUUAGUUCGUCACGCGUGUUGGUCUCUCGAUAGCAAAGAUGGUAGAUUUGAUUGGAAUUAUUAGCACAAACAUUUGUCGCGCCGAGACAAAGAAACCCGAGGAUUGGCUAAAAAAAAAAAAAAGAAAUUAUGUAAAAAGCGGUGAUCUAUAAAAAAAUAAAUUACAUUACAAAUUGAUUAGCAUUGUGAUCAAGACAAAAAUCGUUUACGAAAUGCGAAAAAAUUUUGUACAUUUUAGUCCGUUCUCUUAGUUGAAACUGGUCACCCAAUGAGACGCUAGACGCUUUUCAUAUUCCGUUCCCGCUAAUUAGUUGUAAACUAAUGAUCUCAAACGAUACAACGAUACAACACCAUGUUUAUCUUUAUUUUUUCUUACGCGUUUUGGGAGCCUAAAGUAGCACGCAAAAUACAACGCCACGAAGUGGUCUUUUUUUGGCACGACGAUAACUUUGAUUCCAACAUAACAUAAGUCUCACGUAGAGAACGGUACGAUAUACACAU